GUUACACCAAUAUUGUCUCCUGACCCUGAUUAUAUUCCUACUUAUGAUAAUCUUCUGAAUUCUUUACCUUUACUUCUCUACUCCGCUAUGGCUAUACCAGGCUCUUAUCUUUCCAACAAUAAUAGAGGAAGAGAAAGUUUUAUGCUAGCUAGACGAUUAUACAAUGGUAUUACUAAUACUAAAAAUAUUUCUUCAAAAGUUAUUGUCUUCUAUAGAAAUGAAAAUAAACAUUAUGAUGCUGUGAAGAACAAUUUUCAGAAAACAGUGCUUUCUAUUAUAGGAAGGCUAAAAGUUAGCUCAAAUAAAACUCCACACAUAAUCGCUUCAGAAAUAGAAUGGAUAUAUGUAAAUGAAGCCCAAUCUUCAUCAACUUCAAAUAAAUCAAAAUCUCAAUCACAUGAAGAGCUUGAUCUUUAA